AUGAGCUGUGCGCCGUUCCGUGUCAACGCCGGCUUCGCCGCCGGCGUCCUCUUCGCGCUCAUCGUCUGUUUCAUCUUGCAGCAGGAGGCUGCCAUCAGCGGCCUCAGCGUCGCCACUACGGCAGCAGUAGCACAAUGGAUCACGCUUAAACAGCUGAGUAGAGAUCCUGGUGCAAUGCAACUGAUUAAAGCUCCUCGUGAAAGUGAAACACUCGUCGCUUCUGACGUGCAGCGGACCCCGGACAUACAGCUGAUCCAAGGUUCAGAUAAUGGCAAGGUGGUGUGUAACACGGAGGGCCGCUCGCGUGACUGGUCCGAAACCUGCGAAGUCGACGGUGACGUCCGCACCAAUGGCACAGCACUGUCGGUGACCCUCGUCCCAGCGAGCAGAUCGUCGGAGCGUCGGGAGUGGAUGAUCUCACCAUACGCACGCGGUGGCCAGAGCCUGAGGUCGGUCACCGUGACGCAGCUGCAGGACCGAUCCGCCGCCCCGCCAUGCACGGUGACCCACACUAUGCCCGCCGUCCUGUUCGGUAUCGGGGGCUACGUGGGCAACUACUGGCAUGACUACACCGACAUUCUGGUGCCGCUGUUCGUCGUGUCGCGGCGGUACCACGGCGAGGUGACGUUCCUGGUCAGCAACAUCCAGCACCUGCCGCGGUGGCUGGUCAAGUACAAGGCCUUGUUGCAUGGUCUGUCCAAGUACGAGGUCGUGGACAUGGACCGAGACGCGUAUGUGCGGUGCUUCCCGCACGUCACGGUGGGGCUCCACCUCGACAAGGAGCUGACCAUCGUCCCCGAGCUGGUGCCGGGGGGUCCCCUCACCAUGGCCGACUUCACCCGGUUCGUGCGCGAGACCUACGCGCUCCCACGCGGAGCACCGACCCGGGAGCCGGGCAAGAAGCCGCGGCUGCUGCUGAUCCACCGGGGGGACUUCCGUCGGUUCCUGAACGAGGAGGAGAUAUUACAAGCGGCGGAGGCGGCGGGGUUUGAGGCGGCGCUGUCGGAGCCGCGGGUGAACGGGUCCGAGGUGGACCAGGCGCGGCUGGUGAACUCGUUCGACGUGGUGCUGGGCAUGCACGGCGCGGGGCUGACGAACGCGGUGCACCUGCCGCCGGGCGGCGCGCUGAUCCAGGUGGUGCCGUACGGGAAGAUGGAGUACCUCGCGAGGGCGGAGUUCAGCGAGGGCGCGACGGACAUGGGGCUCAAGUACCUUGACUACAGCAUGAGCGCGGAGGAGAGCUCGCUGAUGGAGAAGCUGGGGCCGGAGCACCCGGCGAUCAAGGACCCCGACUCCAUCCACCGCAGCGGCUGGGAGAAUAUGUUUGAGCUCUAUCUUAAGCAGAACGCUCGCAUCAACACCACCCGCUUCGCGCCAACGCUGGUGCAAGCGUUCGACCACCUACGACAGCAGUAG